AUGUCACAUGUUAUAGACCUCCCAAAUAUGCCCUCCCCGAGCAGUAAGUCAGCAGCAGUCCCCCAUUCUUCCGCUGUCUCACGGCCUAAAGAAAUGGCAUCUUCAGUGGUGAUAUUAUUCAUACUGCUUGUGCUGCUCUGUUUUUCCCACGCCGCGCAAAAUUUUCAGGAAGUGUCCGUUUGUCCGAGAAAUGCAGACACCUGGAAACUUGAAUCUGACAAGAAGAAUUGUAAGGGGGAUACCCCAGACUAUCUUUGUGCAGCGAUAGAGAACAAUGUUGGAAAAUACGGUGAAAUAUGUACAAAAUACGGAUUGUCCCCAGCCGGAAAAUGUGCUGUGUUAAACAAUCAGACACAUUAUUUAGACUCUGUAGACUGUAAAGCAGCAUCAGUAUGUCCAGCAGUUCCUUACAAUCCUUCAGAGUUGUGGAAGUAUCCCAUAUGUUAUGCAGAUUUUUAUGGAACGACACGUGCUCCACCCACCAUUACCACAGUCCAAUCAGCUGCUCCUACAUCGUCAGGGUGGUUCUGGAACUCCUGUAGUCAAUAUGCUGACCAUGCUUCAGGGAGCUGUUGUCAUCAGACUUCUUUCAUAUAA